UUUAGAUUAGACAUUGCAACCUUCAACUAUUUAUAUUCAAAGUAAAUAAAACUUAAGUUAAACCAGUUUUGCCGAGUAAUCUCCACAAGAUUUUCGAAUUUUGCCAUUGUGGAUGUAAUUUUGUUUUUCAUGUUACAAUGGGGCAAAUAUUAGCCGUACAAUGUCAUUCAAGUGUUCGAUUAGAUGGAAAAAUAGCAGUUAUAACAGGAGCUAAUACAGGAAUAGGGAAAACAACUGCGAAAGAUUUUUAUAAAAGAGGUGCUAGAGUAAUACUUGCUUGUAGGGAUGUAACUAGAGCAAAUGAAGCCAUUAAAGAUAUAAAAGAUCAAUGUGAGGGAGAGGAAAAUUUGGGGGAAUUAGUAUGUGUUAAACUUGAUCUCUCUAGUUUAUCUUCAGUUAGAAAUUGCUCCGAAGAAUUGUUAAAACGUGAAAAAUGUAUUAAUAUACUAGUAAACAACGCAGGAAUAGUUGGAGUUCCUUAUAAAAAAACCACCGAUGGAUUUGAAAUGACUUUUCAGACUAAUUAUUUGGGACAUUUCUUGUUUACAUUACUUUUAAUACCUCUACUCAUAAAAGGGAGACCAGCUAGGAUUGUUAAUGUUACAUCCAUGUUACAUGCCUUUAUGUGGUCGAGUUUCGAUUUAUCAGAUUUAAAUUUCGAAAAUAGGAAGUAUGGAGAUAUGAGGGCUUAUAUGGAAAGUAAAUUAUGCAACAUAUUAUUUACUAAAGAAUUAGCACGUAAAUUAAGUGAAAAUGAUAUUGAUGGUAUCACCGUGUACGCUCCUCAUCCGGGAGCUGUUCGAACAGAAGGGGGUAGGUAUUUAGACGAAUCGUACUUUCGAGGUAUGUACUGGCUCUGGUUACACGUUUUGGGGUUAUUCUAUAAAAGUCCCGAACUUGGAGCUCAAACGACAAUAUAUUGUUCUGUCGAUGAACAAUGUGCUAAUGAAACUGGGUUAUACUAUUCAGAAUGUAAACCGACCGAACCAUCUGCAUACGCCAAAGAUGAAAAAUUAGCAAAAGAUUUAUGGAAUUUGAGUUUGAAAUAUGUCAAUUUAGAAAAUUAUAAUCCUUUUCAGAAACUUUGAUUAGUAUUGAAGUUUGUUUUAAAUUUCAAAGGAGACGUAGUGAUGAGGUUUCAUAUAACUUUUAAUAUUAUUCUUUUAUUUGUUUA